GAUUUAGAUCCAAGUUAGAAUGUAAUAGUUGCCUACUCCUUACUCUGUCACUUACCACAGUGACUUCACAGGGAUCUAUUGAAGUUGACGAUCACCAUGGACGGGGAUUGGCUGGAAGAGAACAGUGAUCUGUACAAUUGGCUUGUCCUCGGGUUUGCAAGCGGAGACAACCAGGUUAUCCAGCAUGACCUUGGUGCUGAGACGGAUGGCCUGCUUGGAGACGCCACCAACGUGAGCAACACUCACGCAGCUGCUGCCGAUCAAGAAAACGGCGGUGGACAGACCAAUGGUGACCAGAGGGCGAGGACACGGCAUUUCAGGCGCCGUCACACCGCAGAACAGAUCCUAAUACUUGAAGCUGCGUUCGAAGGAUACCAGCAUCCAGAUGAAAAGCGCCGGCUGGAACUUAGCCGGAGGACUGGCCUGAGUGCUGCACAGGUCCAGAUCUGGUUCCAAAACCGACGCAACACGGGGAAGAACAAGGCCCAGAAGAAGGAGACGGAGGAAUAUCAGGAAGAGAAUGGGCGGCUACAAGCUGAGCAACAAGCACUCAUCUCGGCUAUGCAAAACAAGAUUUGCAUCCCAUGCAGAGGGGAGGGUACCCCGGAGUGGCAUCGCCUGUAUGCCGAGCAUGUGAGGCUCAAGGACGAGCAGAUGCGUAUCGCCGCCUUUCUUAAUAGUGUCUCGGGAGGAAGGCUACAAGUGAUCAACCACACCGUCGUCGACACCGGCAAUGCCUCGGCGGCGACUGAUCACGACGCAGUUCCGCCGCCGUCCCACCAUGCUCCUCUCACGGUCACGGAUCCAAAUCCAGUGAUGUUCCCUGACGAGGGCAUUGCCGGCGACGAUGAUGAAACCGCUGGAAGAACCUUGUUGCUUCAGCAUGUUGUUUGUGCUCUGGAAGAAUUGAAGGUGCUUGUGGGCUUGGAUGCGCCGUUGUGGUCAACACCCCAAGGUGGCGAGGUGGAGGUGAUCAACUACAGGGAGUACCUGGAAACCAUGUUCCCGGGUAUGUAUGAGCGCUACGAGAUGGACUUUUGCGCGGAUGCCACUAGGAAGACUGGGAUCAUAUCGUGCACCGCCACCGACCUCGUCGGCAUCCUCAUGGACGCGGAGUGGUGGUCUCAGACGUUCCCGGGCAUCGUGGCAAGUGCCACCACCAGCAAGAUCAUCACUCCCGGUGAUUCCGGACAUGGGCUGGCUCAACUGAUGACUGCAGAGCUGAGGGUGUUGUCACCGCUGGUGCCGGUCCGCAAGAUCAACUUCAUUAGGCAUUGCCAGAGGCUCGAGGAAAACACAUGGGCUGUGGUGGAUGUGUCUGUUGAUGGGAUUCUUGAGCAGGACGGCGGCCAGGCAGCGGCCCUCGAUGACGGUGCGCCUUCAACACACACGGCCUGCAAGCUUCUGCCGAGUGGUUGCCGUAUCCAGGAGCUGGAGAAUGGCUAUUGCCAGGUCACAUGGAUCGUGAACAUGGUGCAUGAUGAGGCCACUGUCCCGCCGCUGCACCAUCCACUCUUCCGCUCCGGCUGGGCACUUGGUGCGUCCCGCUGGCUUGCAUCCCUCCAGAGGCGAUGCGAGUACAUUGCUUUCCUGCAUUCCAGUUCCAACCCCACUCGCAGUCUCAACAACAGAGUUGCUAUAACGCCCGAGGGCAGGAAGAGCGUCUUGGAGGCAGCACAUCGUAUGACACUGAGGUUCUACGAAGCCAUCUGUGGCCCGGCGGCCCUGCCAUGGAGAAGCGUCAAUGAGUGCCGUGGCAGAUGUGGCAUAGGCGCCGAGAGGUUUGAGGUGGUUGUGCGCGUCGUGACUUCACCCGUGGGUGGAGAUGCUACCGUGCUGAGAGCUACGACGACGGUGUGGCUCCCCGGGACACCGCCACAGCUCGUGUUCGACUACCUCUGUGAUGGAGAUCGCCGAACCGAGUGGGACAUCGUCGCCAACGGUGCCCCCAUUCGCCGGGAGGGCUAUUUUCACACUGGACAACUCCAUGGCAACGCCGUCUCUCUCCUACGCACUAUUGCUUCCAACGGAGCAACCAACAAGCUGAUCCUGGAAGAGUCAUGCGUCGACGCAUCAUGCAUGGUGUUGGCGUAUGCUCCAAUUGAUGAGCAAUCCAUGAAGGAUGUCAUGGACGGUACCCAUACCCCCUUCUCCCUCCUGCCGUCUGGGGUGGUCGUACUCCCUGAUGGCCACGCCGAGCCGGGACCGGGAGGGUCUCCAGCUUCUGCCAUGUGCUCCUCCAGCUCCUCCACCGGUCACAAGCGCAAUUCUGGGUCGCUCGUCUCUACCAUGUACCAGACACUGCUGAGCGGCCACCCACCAGAGCGUCUCUCCAAAGCGGUUGCCGGCAAUGUGGGGAAGCUGCUCUGUGAUGCCAUCGACAAGAUCAAAUCCGCCGUCCAUGCCGACGUGGUUUUAGCAGCUUGAUGAUGCGUCAUCUAGAGUUUGGGAUUGAUGGGAAUAAUUAUACUUCUCGCCGAUAAUUCAGACUAUAUGCAAUGUGCACUGUUUAUUUCCUUGUUAUAAAAGUACAUUAUAUUGUCCCGGGCCAGUAGCGCGGAAGCUACUUUAAUCAUCUUUAGUUUAUGAAACAGACUUGGUUA